AUGGUUAGACCAUUGUCGGACAUGUGGAAACACGUCGUAAAGGAAGUUGGACCGAAAGGCAACAUUAUUGCGACAUGCAUCCACUGUAACAAGGGCGUUACGGCUAGCGCUACACGCAUAAAAGAGCACCUGUUAGGGACGCCAAGGGGGCAGGAUAAGAACGUCACGUCGUGCGCAUCCGCUGUCGCAUUGCAACUUCGCGAGGCAGCAGCGCUGGAGGCUGCUUCAUCCGGGCGUGGCUCAGCCCAUGGCUCCACUUCAACGGUGGAGAUUCUGCCCGCUCGUCGCGCAAGGCAGCAGGAUAUCCGCGACAUGGCGGAUACCGGUGCACGCGCCCAACUCGACUACCUCUGGGCUGCAGCAGUGGCAGAGAAUGACUGGGCGUUUCACACGUCCAGUUCAAAAGCCGUGCAGGACUUUGUUGAUGCUGCUGUCGCCUUCGGGAAGGCGUACGACCUCCCAUCCCCCUUCAGGGUGGGCGGUGCGCUGCUACAGAAGCUGAAGGUUGACAACGAGGAGCUUGUCAGGCCGAUGAAAGAAAGCUGGAGCACGAGUGGCUGCACUCUCUCGGUCGACGGAUGGACCUGCCUGAAAAGUCGCGGCCUUGUGUGUGUCAUCGCUCAUAACGACACCGCUCCAGUGAUCGUGGACAUUGUAGACUCCAAGACGUCAAAGAAGACGGGCGAGUACCUGGCCGCCCUCAUCAAAAAGUCGAUCACUACGGUGGGAGCCAACAAGGUUGUCCAGGUUGUCAUGGACAACGCUUCAAACAACAAGCGGGCGUCGGACAUCCUCCGUGUGCCCUAUCCUUCGGUUUUCUUCACCAACUGCGCCGCACACACCCUCGAUUUGAUGCUCCACGACAUGGGGAACAUUCCAGCCGUGAAGCGGGUCCUUAGCCAGGUCCACCGAGUCGUGAUGAUGGUAAAGGGCAGCGCGUCCGCCGUCACGCUAUUCGAACAGCUGCUUAGCAAACUCUCCCUAGUGCGGCCUGGUGCAACGCGUUUUGGCACGCAAGUGAUAAUGCUGACCCGCUUCUUAGAGGUGAAGAAAGCACUGCGAGAAAUGGUGAUUAGUGAUGAAUGGGAGGGGAUUGCGGUGGCACAGAAGGAGGAGGGGAAGGCGGUCCGCGACCUUCUGUUGGAUGACGUGUUCUGGGAUUGUGGGACGGCGGUGCUCCGCCUCAUGACACCGGUGUACGAGGUCCUACGAACCGUGGACACCCGGGCUCUAGUCAUGGGCCAGGUGUAUGGCCUCAUGCUAGAGGCCACGGUCAAGACCAGCGAGGCGGCCGAGGCAGCAGGUGAGCUAGUCAUUGUACUGUUAUUCUUGCUGGUAUGUUCCAACGUUGUAUGUUUUGCCCUCCAUUUCCCGGAAAAGUAUUACUUAUAUCCGUUCAUUCUCUGGAUUCCAUCUUGGCCAGCCACAAUGAUGGUGAAACGGACGUCUCUGCUGGCGGCAAAGGACAAGCCGGCGUUUAUGACGUCCAUCAGGGCAAUUAUUGCCAAGCGGUGGGACGGCCAGCUGCAUAACGCAUUACAUGCACUGGGAUGGCUUCUCAACCCCCGCAAUCAGUAUAGUGAGGAGGUGAGGAACGAUGCCGAGGUGAGACGUGGGGCUGAGGAGGUGUUCGAAGCACGGGCUGUGGAUGUCGCACAGCGCGCACUUCUAACUGUCCAGCUGGCCCAAUUCCACAAAGGAGAGGACCGUUUGGGCUCGGAUGAGGCGCGUUGGGCAGCAACGCAUUUGGUGGAGUGUGGGCGCUUGACGGAUGCGGAGUGUUGGUUCAUGUACGGGGGGGAAGUGAAGCAGCUCCAGUCAGUGGCUGUGAUGACCCUAUCACAGCCAGACCUCCUCCGAAGUGGAGAGGUACUGGUCCGCCAUCGCACGGGUGCAGAGGCGUGA